AUGCAUGCUUUUGCUGAAGAGAUCAACUCCGUCAUCGAUCAGUGCAACCCUAACUCGACGCAAAACCCGCGACACAAUCGGACCCAGAUGUUCAAGUGCAGGCAGUCCCUCAAACUCGCUCCAUCCACGAAGCGCAAAGUUCCGUCCACUCCAAUGCUACUGAGAGCCAUUUAUAUCCCGAAAUCAGAUGCCACGAAAAUGUUAUCGCGGCGUGCAGAGCCUCACAUCAGCGAAGGCCUCAAAGAGAGUCUCUCUUUGGCAAAUGAUCACUCAUCACUCGAAGUUAUACGAGUACUCCUUGGGCACGCUGAUGUUACACCAGACAAGCAAGUCCUUAUGGAUUACUUGAGUCGUACUAUUCAAAAACCAGCGUCUCAGGAAAUCUGUCUCUUCCUUCUAGACACGGGAGUUGAGAUCGGAGACGAGCGUCAGGAGCAGUAUUUGAGUGACGCCGUGAUGCAAGGUAACACGGAGUUAGCACAAGUGUUCUUGGAUUAUGGUGUCAACAUCAAUGCCCAGGAGUACUCGGGCGAGCCGCCUCUACACUCGGCCGCGAAAGAGAGCACUCCAUCCAUGGUGAAGUUCCUCGUUGAACGGGGCGGGUAUAUCAACGUUCGAACCAAAGUCAAGGGGCUAACGCCGCUGUAUGGAGCGGCACUUCAAUCAAGACCGGACAUCGUCGAAUAUCUGUUGGGCAAAGGAGCCGACGUGACUAUUACUUCAAGAUUACGAAACUGGUCUCCGUUGGAGGGUGCUUAUAAUUAUCCGGCCGUCAUGGCACAUUUAGUUACGAAGGCGUGGCCGCCCCCCGACUAUCAUCGGGUGGCUCAGUUCGGCGACACCCAAUGUACAGCCCUUUUCCUCUCAGCGACGUUCGGCAAGACUGAAUGUGUCAGGUUGUUGUUGAAGCACGGCAACCCGGACAUCGAGUUCACGCCAUCCUCGGAUAUCGAAAAAGAAAAGGCUGGUACAAGGGGGUAUACUGCUCUAGCUGUUGUGUUCAGUGGAGAUGAAAGUAUUGUCCGGUGUUUGAUGAACGCCGGUGUCAAUCUGGAAACUACCGACAUUGGGGGUUAUACCGUUCUGAUAGAGGGCGUAUUCCAUGCUGUAGAGCAGUACCGUGAAGAGAUGUGCAGAUACCUCGUUUCUAGAGGCGCUCUAGUCAACGACACGGGCACAAAUAGGUUGGAAUCCAGCGUGCAAAAGUGUUGCAGGCUCGGUGGAUUAGAUGAAGUGGAAUUGAUCUUUAAGCUAGGUGGUGAUGCAGGUCUCUGGCACGGGAUGCAGGGCACGCUUCUCGAGGCGGCGUGCAAGAGUAUCAACAAGAGCAACUUAUCAGUUGCAAAGUAUCUUAUUGAGCAGCAGGAGAUUGACAUCAACGGCCCAGGAGGCUACUUCCGCAGUGCCUUGGAAGAGGCAUUUCGGUCCGGCGACGAAUCACUCAUAAGAUACCUGCUUGGAAAGGGUGGGAUUUACAACACCACAGACGGCAACGGACAACCGGCAUGGUUCAAUAUUUGUUCCAGGAAGGACGACGCCCUCGAGAAGCUCGACAAGCUACUAACUUAUUACGGCGCGGUCAACCCACUGGCCUCGCUAGGGAGAAAGGACAGAAUGUUACGGACGAUUCUGCACUGCGCAGCACAGUCAGGACACCUGAGGCUUGUUGAAAGACUUGUUGACCUGGAUCCGAACUUAAUCGAUUACCGUAACCUCGAUGGGUGGUCGGCAAUUCACUGGGCAGCGCAAAUGGCUUGUAUCGAAGGUCUUGGAGAACAAGAAGAUUAUCUGCAACAGUAGCAAGAGAAGACUGAAGUCAUCAAGUUCCUAGCUCGCAACGGAUGUUGUGGUCUGGCAGAACGUAUGCCCGACGGUAAGGGAGGUACAUGGAACGUACUGGAAAUCGCGGGAUACC